AUGUAUGAUAACUGCUUUCUAAACCAGCAAGUGGUCAAGAAGCAGUCCGAAAAGGAAAGAGAACGGACGCUUGCAGAAACAAUAGACGAAAUCGACAAGCGGAUUACUGUUUUGAAGAAAAUGAAGUCAGUGAUGGGUCCAUCUGAGCAUAAGCAAUUGGACUCAAAAUUUGUGGUGAAUAAUUCUUUAUCCUCAAUUAGUGCCGUGUUUUAUGAGUCAUGCAAGCUUGUGGUGGAACUGAGCAGAGCAGGUCAAGCAGACAAUGCUAAGAGAAUAGAACAGAUUAAACGAUUGGCCCAAACUCAGGAAGAGGUCACUCGGGAAGAAAGAACUGUGGUGGACAGAGUUGUGCCCUUCAAAAGCAGGCAGCUAGUCGAUGUGACUCAGCACAGUGACCAAGACUCAAAAAACAAGGCAGUUAGUCAGACUCAGACGAAAUCGUCACGUCUUGCAAGUAACACAGCGAUUAAAAAAAAAUCUCGACGCAGCAGAUUACUUGGAGCAGUGCCAAAACUUUCUGAAAUGGGCCGAAGACUUUCACAGCAGUCUGCAUCGACUUCCACUUAUGCUAGCAGAAAAAGUUUACACGUUGCUGAAACGCAGUCCACGUCAUCCAAACGUAAAGCUCAAUCGAAUAUUCGAAAUUUGUUGAAAUCGCCGAUGGAAGCUGGCGUACAGUUCAGACAUUCAUCGCGGAAGCCCAAAAGUCAAAGACAGUUUCGUGAGAAAGAACAAAUCAAGCGUCGAAAAAGCUAA